CUGAGCAGAGCACUGGCUCGGACUCUGAGGUGCUCACUGAGCGGACCUCCUGUUCCUUUGACACCCACGCUGACCUGGGUCCGGGCGCUGCGGGCCCCGUGACGGCCGCCAUGUCAUCCAUGGAAGAGAUCCAGGUGGAACUGCAGUGCGCCGACCUCUGGAAAAGGUUCCAUGACAUUGGAACAGAAAUGAUCAUCACCAAAGCAGGCAGGAGGAUGUUUCCUGCCAUGAGAGUGAAAAUCACCGGCCUGGACCCGCACCAGCAGUACUACAUAGCAAUGGACAUUGUGCCUGUGGACAAUAAAAGAUACAGAUAUGUGUAUCACAGCUCCAAGUGGAUGGUGGCCGGCAACGCCGACUCCCCGGUGCCCCCAAGAGUCUACAUACACCCCGAUUCUCUAGCUUCUGGAGACACUUGGAUGAGACAGGUGGUCAGUUUCGACAAACUCAAGCUGACCAACAAUGAACUGGAUGAUCAAGGGCAUAUCAUCCUGCACUCUAUGCACAAAUACCAGCCUCGCGUGCACGUGAUUCGCAAGGAUUUCAGCAGCGACCUUUCGCCCACCAAACCUGUCCCUGUGGGGGACGGGGUGAAGACCUUCAACUUUCCGGAGACUGUGUUCACCACUGUCACAGCCUAUCAGAACCAGCAGAUCACCAGAUUAAAAAUCGACCGCAACCCUUUUGCUAAAGGAUUCAGAGAUUCUGGAAGGAACAGGACUGGACUGGAAGCGAUCAUGGAGACCUACGCGUUCUGGAGACCCCCUGUGCGCACCCUCACCUUUGAGGACUUCACCACCAUGCAGAAGCAGCAAGGGGGCAGCACUGGCACUUCCCCCACCACCUCCAGCACCGGGACUCCGUCCCCUUCAGCCUCUUCUCACCUGCUGUCUCCAUCCUGCUCUCCGCCAACCUUCCAUCUGGCCCCCAACACUUUCAACGUGGGCUGCCGAGAGAGCCAGCUGUGCAACCUGAACCUCUCCGAGUACCCACCGUGCGCCCGCAGCAACAUGGCCGCCCUGCAGAGCUACCCGGGGCUGAGUGACAGUGGCUACAACCGGCUGCAGAGCGGCGCGGCCUCGGCCACUCAGCCCUCGGAAACCUUCAUGCCUCAGAGGACUCCAUCCCUGAUCUCAGGAAUCCCGACGCCGCCCUCGUUGCCCAGCAACAGCAAGAUGGAGGCUUACGGCGGUCAGCUGGGGUCCUUCCCCGCCUCGCAGUUCCAGUACGUCAUGCAGGCGGGCAACGCCGCGUCGGGCUCGUCCUCGCCACACGUGUUUGGGGGCGGCCACGUGCAGCAGAGCUCCUACAACGCCUUCUCGCUCCACAACCCUUACAACCUGUACGGAUACAAUUUCCCCACUUCUCCGCGGCUAGCCGCUAGCCCGGAAAAACUGAGCGCCUCCCAAAGCACUUUACUCUGCUCGUCUCCGUCCAACGGGGCCUUCGGGGAGCGGCCGUACCUGCCCGCGGGGAUGGAGCACGGCAUGCACAUGAUCAGCCCCGCGGCCAACAGCCAGCAGGCCGCCAACGCCUGCGACGGCCGGCAGUACGGCGCCGUCCCGGGCUCCUCGCCGCAGAUGUCCGUGCACAUGGUGUAGGCCGCCCCGCGGCGCCCCAGCCGCGGCCGGGUGGCCACGGGCAGCCCCCACCCCGACAGCCCACCACCUUGGGAACACAGGAACUGCGGGCGCGCCUUUCUUGUCUGCAGGACAAAGCCCAGACCCCGGAACCAGAGACAUUGAGCCCGCGAAGGACGCGCGCGCGCGGCGCCCUGGCCCGCCAGCGGCCCUUCGCUCUCCGCCUGCCCGGACCUUGCUUUAUAAACCGGCACCGACUCCCCAGUGGCCUCCGAAGAAACUGAUAAUCACUUUAUAGCUCCGUUAAGGGAGACGCUGGCGUGCAGCAGCCACGGGAAGUGGCCUCCCGCGUGCAGACUCCGCGGGCAUCCGUGGACUCCGUGUGCUCAUGUCCACACUCACGCGCAGACACGCAUCACCCCUGCCGGAGACGGCGAACUCUGCAGGGGGCCCGGGAUGGUGCCUCCCCGGAGUCUGUGUCCCACACAGGAUGGACUAGCCGGCAGCAGCUGCCAGCCCUCCCCCGCAGCUUACCUGGUUCCUGGACUGGACCGCGUCGCCCGCAGCCCUCCCGGUCACCAAGAGUGGAGCGACAUCAGCUUUGCGGCUGACUCGGUUUCCUGGAGAAGGUUGUGUUUGAACUUUAGCUUUUUUUUUUUUCCCCUCAGUGCCAUCACCGAUGUUCUAAGUGACACCUGUGCUAAGAAGGCGUAGGAGCAGCUGACGUGGAGAGUGAGAGCGGGAGAGAGAGAGAGAGAGAGAGAGAGAGAGAGGGAGAGAGAGGGAGAGAGAGCGCGCGCGCGGAGCGAGAGCAUCUCUGAGACAGGGAGCGAUGACGAGAGUUCGACUCACUAAGGAAAUCGGGCUGGGGUUGCCCACCGACAGGUCAUGGAAAGAAUCGCUGCGUCACUGAGAUCGAAUCUCUCUGGGGCACCUUGCAAGGUCGGGGCUUCACCAGGAGGCCCCGGGGUGGGGAAGCGGAUCCACGCACGCCCCUGGCCACGGGAUCCAGAAGCAGCUCAGCCCCCAGGAAGGGUGCCCCAGGCAGGGCGCCGACAGUAGAGAGCGUGUGCCCAGGAAGAGCUUGUACCCCAGCAGAUGACGCCAGGGGCAGAGGCGCCGCUUUCAGGCCUGGCCUUCUGCAGGCAGGUCCAGACCCUGCCCAGGGCUCCCGCUCCGUGGCCGCCGGGCAGGAGCACUGUCCUGGAGCGCCGCUAGUGGGCCCUCUGCCCCUCCCCCUGCCCUAAAGCCCUGUUUGUAUCAAAUAGUUCAUUGCAUUUGAAGUUUUGGGUUUUUCCCCUUCAUCUUUCCCCUCCCUUUCAAAUCCUUUCAUGAUAAGAAAACAAGUGAAGUUUGGUAUAAGCUAAACUUUUUAAGUGGUGUGGAAAUGCAAAUAAUACCAAGUAAAAUAAUACAGAUAUUAUUAAGAUUUUUGGUUUUGAGGUGUUGUAGAUAAGUAUAUUUAUGUGCCUAGUGGGGAAUCCAAUAUUAUGAAUAUUAAAAAAGGGGGCAAUAAAAAGGGUAUGUAAAAUAUGUAUGAAGGAAAGGUGUAUUAAAGUUUGCCCUUAUGCACGGAACUUUGUUUCUAAGUGCCAAGCACAAAA